AUGUCUAAACAUUCUGCUAGAAUCACGCCCCGCAGCCUCGUCGCCCCGAAGGCAACAAGAAGGCAAAACCAUUCCUUCAUGAACGCGGAUCUCUUCGAGAGUCCAUCUCUAACCCGGCAGACAGUUAUGCAGGGAUCCAAUGGUCAAUCGGAACAAGUCUCCAAGCCACAGUAUCUUGCUAUCCAGAGCAACAAACCCACGAUCCUCUACGUUGAACUCGCAGCCGCUGUCAGGCCUGUUCAGCAACCACACAAGCUCGACCAACAAGCUCCAACAAAGCUUCACCACGCCCGAAAGAACGCCAAUAAGCGACGUUGCAUGCUAUAG